AUGAAGCUCACCGUCAAGACUUUGAAAGGCAGCCAUUUCGAAAUCAGGGUUCAACCCUCAGACACCAUUAUGGCGGUCAAGAAAAAUAUUGAAGAUGUACAAGGCAAAGAUAAUUACCCAUGUGGUCAGCAACUGCUGAUUCACAAUGGCAAGGUUUUGAAAGAUGAAACUACAUUAACCGACAAUAAGGUCUCUGAGGAUGGAUUUCUUGUUGUCAUGCUUAGUAAGAGUAAAACCUUGGGAUCUGCUGGCACUUCAUCAAAUCAGGCAUCUGGUGAUUGGACAUGUGUAUCUGCAAACAACAAUGUAGCUGCCACAGAUGUCACAACUACAAAUGUGACUACAGAUACUUAUGGCCAGGCUGCUUCAAAUUUAGUUGCUGGUAGUAAUCUUGAGCAGACUAUUCAGCAAAUUAUGGACAUGGGUGGUGGCAGUUGGGACAGAGAUACAGUUAGUCGUGCUCUCCGAGCAGCUUACAAUAACCCAGAGCGUGCUGUGGACUACCUGUAUUCUGGAAUUCCUGAAGCAGCAGAAAUUGCUGUGCCUGCUGCUCCUUACCCAAUUAGUCAGACAACUGAAACAGGUGGGGUCAACGCGGGAGCUAUUCCUGGGGUCCCUAACUCGUCUCCCUUGAAUAUGUUUCCACAGGAGACAAUUUCUGGUGUUGGAGCUGGAAUUGGGUCACUUGACUUUCUUAGAAACAAUCCCCAGUUUCAAGCACUGCGAACAAUGGUACAAUCCAAUCCACAAAUUCUGCAGCCUGUACUUCAGGAACUUGGAAAGCAGAAUCCUGGUCUCUUAAGACUAAUUCAAGAGCAUAAUGCUGAGUUCCUCCAGUUGAUUAACGAACCUGUUGAGGGUUCAGAAGGUGAUAUAUUUGAUCAAGCUGAGCAAGACAUGCCUCAUGCUAUCAAUGUGACGCAGGCAGAGCAGGAGGCAAUUGGAAGGCUUGAAGCAAUGGGAUUUGACAGAGCCUCAGUCAUAGAGGCAUUUUUAGCAUGUGAUCGUGACGAGCAAUUGGCAGCGAACUACUUAUUGGAAAAUGCUGGAGAUUUUGAGGAUUAA